GAGAGUCAGAGAGAUGCUUCAGAGGCAGAUGCCUGCCUGGAUAACCCACAACCUGCCAGACAAAUGCCAAAAAGAAGAUGGAGAGCCCUCAGCCACCUGUCCCUGGAAGGAGGGGCUGUCCCCAUGUCACCUGCUGGCAGUAAGGAUCAUCAAGAUGAAAAAUAUACGACAGGCUGAUAUGGUGAGCCAGACAGAUUGCUAUGUGAGCCUCUGGCUGCCCACUGCUUCUAGUGAUCGGCUAAGGACAAGGACCAUCUCUAACUGCCCAAACCCAGAGUGGAAUGAAACCUUCAACUUCCAGAUCCAGAGUCAAGUGAAGAAUAUGAUCGAGCUGAGUGUAUGUGAUGAAGACACAGUUACACCAGAUGACCAUCUCCUGACAGUUCUCUAUGACCUCACGAAACUCUGCUUCCGGAAGAAAACCCAUGUGAAAUUUCCACUCAACCCAGAGGGCAUGGAAGAGUUGGAGGUGGAGUUCCUGCUGGAGGACAGCCCCUCUCCACCUGAGACCCUCAUCACUAAUGGCGUGCUGGUGUCUCGGCAAGUCUCCUGCCUAGAAGUUCAUGCAAAAUCCGAGAGAUGGAAGAAACUGGGGAAAAAGAAGGACCUCCUGGUGACAGUGAAGGAAUCCUUCGAGCAUACCCAGCGCAUCUCAAGCUGCCUGAACCCAGUCUGCUUCCACUACCCCAAGUACUUCCAGCCCCAGAUACAUGUGGAGAUGCCCAAGAGCCACUGGAGCUGUGGGUUUUGCUGCUGUGUGCACAAGAAGGAGCCCACCUGCCAGCCCCUUGACAGUCUACCAGAUGGCCAGUCAGUACCCCUGCCUGUGGGCGAGAACUGUGAAUUACACAUGAAGUCUACACCCUGCUCCCAGCCAUUGGAUGUGCGGCUGGGUUUCACCCUGUGUGAAGCCGAGCAGGAAUUCCUAUGGAAGCGGAAGGUGGUGGUUGCAGAGGCUCUAAAGGAGGUGUUGCAGCUGGAAGAAGUCCUGCAGGAGGAUGAGGUCCCCUUGAUAGCUAUCAUGGCCACCGGGGGUGGAACCAGAUCCAUGACUGCCAUGUAUGGCCACCUGCUAGGGCUGCAGAAGCUGAACAUGCUCAACUGUGCCAGCUACAUCACCGGCCUAUCAGGGGCCACCUGGACCAUGGCUACCUUGUACAGUGACCCUGAAUGGUCUUGCAAAAACCUGGAGCCUGCUGUCCUAGAGGCCCGGAGGCAUGUAGUCAAGGACAAAAUGCCAGCCCUAUUCCCAGAUCAGCUCCUCAAGUUCCGGGAGGAGCUCCGGCAGCGCAGCCAGGAAGGCUACAAAAUCACCUUCACAGACUUCUGGGGCCUGCUGAUCGAAGCCUGUCUAGGGGACAAGAGAAAUGAAUGCAAAUUGUCACAGCAGCAGGAAGCUCUGUGUCGAGGCCAGAACCCACUGCCUAUCUACCUCACAAUCAAUGUCAAGGAUGAUGUAAGCAACCAGGAUUUCAGAGAGUGGUGUGAGUUCACCCCCUAUGAGGUGGGCCUGCAGAAGUAUGGGGCCUACAUCCCUUCAGAGCUCUUCGGCUCCGAGUUCUUCAUGGGGCGCCUGAUGAAGAGGAUUCCAGAGUCGAGGAUAAGCUACAUGCUAGGUCUAUGGAGCAGCAUCUUUUCCCUGAACCUGCUUGAUGCCUGGAACCUGAGUCACACCUCAGAAGAAUUUUUCCACAGGUGGACAAGGGAGAGUGUACACGACAUUGAAGAUGAGCCACUCCUGCCUGAAAUCCCCCAAUGUGAUGCCAAUGUCCCAGACACCACAGUGGUGAUUCCUGGAUCAUGGCUGUCCAACACUUUCCGCAACAUCCUCACCCAUCGCUCCUUUGUAUCUGAGUUCCACAACUUCCUGCUGGGAUUGCAGCUACACAAUGACUACCUCCAGAACAGCCAAUUCUCCACAUGGAAAGACACAGUGCUAGAUGGCUUCCCAAACCAGCUGACAGAGUCUGAGAACCACUUGUGCCUGCUGGACACAGCAUUUUUCAUCAACUCCAGCUAUCCACCCCUCCUCAGGCCUGAGAGAAAAGUCGACCUCAUUAUCCACCUCAAUUACUCUGCAGGAUCCCAGACCAAGCCCAUGAAACAAACCUGUGAAUACUGCAUCACACAGAAGAUCCCCUUCCCCAAAUACAAACUGGAAGGGGAGGAAGACAGUCUCAAGGAGUGCUACCUGAUGGAGAAUUCCCAGGAGCCUGAAGCCCCCAUUGUGAUGUUCUUCCCACUCAUCAAUGACACUUUCCAAAAGUACAAGGCUCCAGGUGUGGAGCGAAGUCCUGAGGAACUGGAGCUGGGCCAGGUUGACAUCUACAGCCCCAAAACUCCCUAUGCCACCAAGGAGCUGACAUACACAGAAGCUGCCUUUGACAAGCUGGUGAAACUCUCUGAGUAUAACAUCCUGAACAACAAAGACAGACUCCUUCAAGCCUUGCGACUAGUGGUGGAGAAGAAGAAACUGCUGAAGCACCAGGGUCACUCCUAAGUUCCAGAAUGCCUCUGGGUUCCUGUGUAUGCUUCCAGAGCAGAGACAUGGAGCCUCUUAGGACUCACAUCUGGUGAGCAGUGCAGGCAGGUUAUCCUGGGCUUUCUACUGAAAGUGCAAUUUUUUUUUCAAGUUGAGAAAGAGAAAGGCAAGGGAAAAGUAACAAAAGGAUGUGAUGGAAUUGAAUACACACUAGAUUUUUUUUUUUUAACUUUCCUUGAAAGAAAUGGGCUUUAAUAGCCACAGGCUCUGGCAGAGUCUUAACACAUGGAGGAGGAAAAGAAGACCUGAGAAAGAGUCUAAUUCUCCAGAAAUCUCAAACUCAUCUGGAGCUCAGAGCCAGCUCUGCUUCCUCAAGUGAAAGCCUUUGGGAAUAUAAAAUAGAAGCCUGACGUGCUCUGGAUUCAGUGAGAAAACAAGAACACUCUUAAAAAAAUUAAGACAAUUAUAUUCCUGUGAUUUUUGUGGGGGGGGUUAAUCAAUAUUCAUUAGACAAUAUGAUUCUAGAAAAUUCUAGAUGAAACUUUAGAGGCAUUUUGGUUUCUUUGACAGUAAAAUCAUACAGGUGACUGGUUUGGACAACUGCUAUCCUACCACUUAAAGUCAUCACUGUGGUUUAUUAUUAUUAUUAUUAACUGAACAAUAAAAAUCACUAUAUAUACAUAUAUAUUGAAAUAUUUUAGAUGCAGAAAAAUUUCUAUUAAAGGAAAUUGUCUUAA